UGUGCCCUAUUUUGGCAUAUAUACAAUGGUUGAAAACAUAUGAAUUUUCUCCCUCCAUUUGAUGCCAGUUAAUGCUUCAAUUCUGAACUUGUUACAGUUGAUUAAGAUAAUCUCAGUUCAAAAUAUCUAUUUUCUCAAAUGGUUGUCACAUUGCUUACAAUUGGAUAUUUGAUGUGUUGUUUGAAUUAUUAUGGGUAGGAUUGGAUUCGGUUGGCUUAAUUCUCUGAUCGCCCACCUCUCACACCAUGAUCUUCUACUUGACAACCAUGUUGCUGUUGUUGUUAUCCCAAGGGUUCUCCGUGCUUGCGCUAAGCUCUCGGAUAUCCAAACUGGUAAGGCUUUGCACAACCGAAUCACUCGUUCCUUUCUCGAUUCGGAUGCGUUCAUUAACACUGCACUCAUCAGCAUGUAUUCAAAAUGUGGUCGCACUGACAUUGCGCGGAGAGUGUUUGAUAGAAUGUCUGUGAGAGACUUGGUGGCUUGGAAUUCUAUGAUUUCAGGCUAUGCCUGCCUUGGUUUGCUAGAAAACGCCAUGGACUUAUUCGAUUUGAUGAAGUCUUCAGAAACAAAGCCGGAUUUAGUGACGUGGAAUGCACUUAUCUCAGGGUUCUCUCAGGCGGGGGAUGUUGAUAUGGUUCUAUAUAUGUUUUCAUUAAUGCAAGUGGAUGGGAUCAAGCCUGAUGUUUUCUCUUGGACUUCCAUCAUAUCUGGUUUUGUUGGUAACUUUCGGUAUAAGAGAGCAUUGCAGGUGUUCAAACAAAUGGUGGUCGCUGGAGUUCACCCGAAUUCGGUGACAAUCAGUAGUAUUCUGCCGGCUUGUGCCAUUGCUGCAGAUUUGAGACAUGGUAAAGAGAUGCAUGCUCAUUCUUUGGUUAUAGGAGCUGCCGAUGAUUUGCAUGUUAACACUGCACUCAUUGACAUGUAUGCAAAGUGUGGUCUCAUAUCUGAUGCAGUGAUGAUCUUUAAUAACAUGAGAGAAAGGAAUUCAGUCUCAUGGAAUUCCAUGAUUUUUGGAUAUGCAAAUUAUGGUUACUGUGAGGACGCAAUCAAACUCUUUUACAGUAUGGAAAACGAAGGCGUUAGACUAGAUCAUUUGACAUUUACUGCAGUCUUUACUGCUUGUAGUAAUGCGGGAAUGGUUGAAACUGGGAAGGAUUUGUUCAGCAUGAUGCAAACAAGGCAUGGAAUCAAGCCAAGGUUGGAGCACUAUGCAUGUAUGGUGGACCUUCUUGGCAGAGCUGGGAGGCUUCUUGAGGCUCAUGAAUUUAUCAAGAAAAUGCCGGUAGAACCAGAUUGUUUCGUCUGGGGAGCUUUGUUAGGGGCCAGUAGAAAACAUGGGGAUGUUGUGCUGGCUGAGAUUGCUACGUCUCAUUUGACUGAGCUGGAGCCGAAGAGUGUUGGCAGUGGUAAGUUGUUAAGCAAUAUACUUGCAGAUGCAGGGCAUUGGCGAGACGCAGCAGAGGUAAAGAAGAACAUGAAAAGAAGGAAAUUGAGAGGAUACCUGGGUUGCAGUUGGAUGCUGUAGAGUUGAAUGUAUGGCUGAAGAUUUUCACCUGUAUAUAAGUGAUAUGCUAAUCCUCACUUCAAGCGAAGAUUUUCACAUGUUUUCAUACUUAAGUUUUCUUUUUAAAAGAAAACGAACAACAUGAAAGAAGGAAUGGUCCCUCAAACAAAUCUUAACCGAAGAGAUAUCAUAAUGAAAUUGCAGCUGAGGUGUAAUAAUUAAGUUGUAGUUAGCCUCAUUUAAAAUAACAUGACAUCAAUCCACAUAUUGUAAUUAAAGCAUGUCAAGGAUGUAUCAACCUGUUGAGAGG